CUUCAUUCAUUUAUUUGUGUUGUAUGUGUGUGUUUAAUAGAGAGAGAGAGAGAGAGAGUGAGAGGUCUUGUUACCUUUAAUUUCUACGUAGACAUUCGACAAAAUUUUAAUCAUGACUUGUUAAUUACACUUCCUCAUCUGUAAUAGGAAAAAAGAAGUCGUCUAAGUAACAUGGAAAACAUAAAGACAAGCCCAAGGAAGAGAUGGUUUUUUCUUCGAAUGUUCUUUGCAUGUGGAGUUGUCGUCACUCUGUUACUUUAUAUUGUAUUCAGUCAACGAGUUAAAGUAAUACCGGCCAAAGAUUCAUGGGACCUUCCAGUGAUUUGGAGUCCAAUAAAAGACGAAGCUGAAGUACCACCCGUGCCACCUUUACCGAAUAUUCUUUAUAUCAAUGCUAGUAAAAUAACUCUUAGUUUGGAUCAAAGUGAGCAAGAUAUAGAAGACAAUUUUUUUGAGUUUCUCAUUAGAAAAGAAAUUUGGUGUAAAAAGAAUGAACGACUUGGCCAUCAAGGAGCAGGUGGUUGGAAUGUCUGCCUUUCUCCACCUUUUGGGCUUACUAAACCUUGUAUUGUUUAUCUUAUUGGAACGGGUGCAAACACUGAAUUUGAUGAUGCAGUUUCUUAUAUUUAUGGUUGCCAUGUCCAUGUAUUUAACCCUGCAAAGAAGAAACUUAACAGGAAGAAGUCCAACUUGAUCCAUGUGCACAACUUAGGACUCAGUAAAAAAGAUGAUUCCAGCCCAGAAGGCUGGACAACAGUGACUUUCAAAAAGUUACUUGAGCAGAAUGGUCAUUUGCAGACUAUCAUUUCCUAUGUUAAGGUUGAUCUUGAAUAUCAAGAGUGGGCAUGUCUAAAAACUAUAUUUGCUGACAACAGUUUGGCCAAUGUUAAACAGUUAGCCUUUGAAAUCCACACAGUUUUACCAGGUAAUAGCAGCAAUGUACGUCCAACCAAAUACGAUUAUAUUGAGAUGUACAAGACACUGUCUCUUCUUCUUCCUUUGAAUUUUCACAAGUUUGACUAUAGGCGCAACCCAUUUGGCGAAUACAUAUCACCGGUCACCAAAAAGCAUCGUUCUUAUGCUUACGAACUGUACUAUGUGAAUACCAAAUACACCCUGGAAGACUAUGAUGCUGAAGUCUGAUGAUUUUAUAUCGUUUUGUAUCUUUUGUAUAUGUUUUUACUCCAGCCUUUUCUUUUGUGUUGUUAUUGUUGAGUCACUUCAAAUUUACUAAUGUUAUUUCCAACCUGACUCUCAAGCAACCAUAAAACUGAAAUAUUUAUGAAAUUUAGUAGUUCACAAUAUUUCACAGGUUGGCUUUUGGUAAUCCAGGUAUGUGACCUAUUUUCUUUUUAUAAUCACAAAGGUGUGAGUUUGAGUCUCGUAGCCGACCGCCAACACUUUUUUCUGCAAAAUAGGGGUAGCUUAUCCUGUUCAGGCUAUAUUAUUAGUAUUAUAACUGGUCGGAAUAAUUUAAUUUCACUUAUAUUACAUCCGAUCUUUAGGAUGCCUCAAUAAUUACAACUACACACCCAACCUCACCCAUAUCCUCUUAUUCUAAAAAUCUCAGACUUCAUGCCAUUAUAAGAAACCUUACAUAAUAUACUUAUUCACAAGGCAGUGAGCUGGUAGAGAUGUUAGCAUAUCGGACAAAAUACUUAGCGAUAUUUCGUCUGUUUUUAUGUUCUGAGUUCAAAUUCCGCUCAGGUCGACUUUGCGUUUCAACUUUUCAGGAUUAAUAAAUUAUGUACCA